GCUGUAGAAUCAACACCAUCACUUUCAUCUCCAUCGCUGUCACUCAUUACGCAGCGUGAAGAGCCUCUCCUUAAUACACUCACUCUGCUCACAGAUUGAGCUCACAUUCAUUUCAAUUGACAAUGCGUUUCUCCACCAUCAUUCCUCUGGCCCUGGCCGCCGCUCCAGCCGUCGUCUCGGCCGCUGGCAGCCUGGGCUUCGCCCUCGGUGACAAGAAGAGCGACGGCAGCUGCAAGUUCCAAGCCGACUGGGCAGCCGACCUCAAGGCAAUCAGCACUGUCAAGAGCAGCAAGAUUGUUCGCACCUACUCGGCUUCCGAGUGCAACACUGCCAAGGAGAUUCUCCCUGCCGCGAAGGCUGCUGGGUUCAAGGUCAUCCUGGGUGUCUGGCCCGAUUACGACGAUUCCCUGGCAAAGGAUGAGGCUGCCCUCAUCAAGUACACUCCCGACUACAAGGACCAGGUCUACGCCAUCACCGUUGGAUCCGAGACGCUCUAUCGCGGCAACUUCACUGGCCCAGAACUCUUGCAGAGAAUCAACAAGAUCAAAAAGGCCAUCCCCGGCUUCAAGGUCGGAACCGCCGACAGCUGGAACAAAUACCAGGACGGAACUGCCGAUGCCCUGAUCACCGGUGGUGUCGAUAUCCUCCUCGCCAACGGCUUCUCGUACUGGCAAGGACAGACCGAUAGCAACGCCACUGCCAGCUUCUUUGACGACAUCAUGCAGGCAUUCGGACACAUCCAGCAUGUCUCUGGCAAGGUUGAUGGCGGCAUUGAGCUCUGGGUUGGCGAGACUGGAUGGCCCACCGAUGGAUCCAAGUACCAAGCUGCUGUUCCCAGCCUUGAGGGCGCCAAGAACUAUUGGAAGAAGGCCAUCUGCGGCAUCACCGCGUGGGGCGUCAACGUCUUCUACUUCGAGGCCUUCGAUGAGCCAUGGAAGCCAAAGAGCAUUGGCCAGGACGGAUCGGUUGCCGACGAGACGCACUGGGGAGCAUGGAACGCUGACCGCACCCCCAAGUUCUCCAUGGAGUGUUAAGCGAUAGAUGGGACCGGAGAGGAUAUCAUAGACCCGCGUUUGUACAAUUACUAUAUCUAGAUGGAGGGCACACUGGUGGGAUGUCGUAGAAGGAAAUACACUGUUUUGCAAUGU